AUGAGAGCCUCAGUUUCUAUCCUUGCCAUUACUCUUACAGGUACUGCCAUUGCCGCUCCCUUCGUUGGCCCCAAGAACCCCAAUGGCACCUAUGUCUUUCCAACUUCCUUGGGCAUCGUGACUCCUUCUCUGGUUUCCACCAGCAGCCCGUUCCCCAACCCUUUGGCUCCCUCCAACAGCACUCUCCUGCCCACGCCGACAAUUGACUCGGAGCCUGCGGAGUUCAAGCGCAGUGACUCUUCGGCUAUCCCCACGGGUCUGGCAUCUUUGAUCUCUGAUGCCCAGUCUGUCGCGGCCGCCCUCGCAUCUGCUGGUGCCCAGAAGAAGCGUAGCGAGUCGCUUUCUAUCCCCACGGAUCUGCCAUCUCUGAUCUCUGAUGCCGAAUCUGUGGCGGCCGCUCUAGCCUCCAGUGGUGCUCAGAAACGUGGAGAGUCUCUAGCCAUUCCCACGGAUCUGCCAUCUCUACUCGCUGACGCUCAGUCCGUGGCCGCUGCUCUUGCCUCGGCCAGUGUCCAGAAGCGUGGCGUCUUGCCUUCGCCUUCUGCUACUCCCACUCGCACUCCUCUUUUCACUUCCUCUUCAGCUCCCACUUCUUCUUCUUCUUCUGCCUCUUCUUCGACUACUUUCGGAUUUGUUUCCCUGCCAUCCGAGAUCUCUUCGUCUGCCUCAAACUCAGCCUCGGGUCUUCCUCUUUCCACCGGCCUUCCGCUGUUCGGCUUCGGAACUCGUUGA